UUGCAGCAAAGGUGAGAGCAACAAAUCGAGUGAAGCAUUAUUCUAAGCUCCAACGUUGAAAGAAAACAAUUAAGAAGAAUGCCGAUCUCUAAAAUUGUGAUUGGAAAUGCUUCUGAGUUGAGGCAAAGCGAUGCGCUUAAGGCCGCACUUGCUGAGUUCAUCUCAAUGCUUAUCUUUGUUUUCGCCGGACAAGGCUCCGGCAUGGCUUAUAAUAAGUUGACAAACAAUGGCGCAGCAACACCAGCUGGCGUAGUGGCAGCAUCAUUGUCUCACGCCUUUGCUCUCUUUGUUGCAGUCUCCGUUGCCGCCAACAUCUCCGGCGGCCACGUCAACCCUGCCGUCACUUUCGGCGCUUUCAUUGGUGGCCACAUCACUCUCCUCAGAACCAUUCUCUAUUGGAUUGCUCAGUUGCUUGGCUCCGUUGUUGCUUGCUUGCUCCUUAAAUUCGCCACAGCCGGACUCGAAACAUCUGCAUUUGCACUAUCUUCUGGGGUUGGAGCAUCGAAUGCAUUGGUGUUUGAGAUUGUGAUGACCUUUGGUCUCGUGUACACGGUGUAUGCAACUGCCGUGGACCCAAAGAAGGGUGACGUUGGGAUCAUUGCUCCAAUUGCCAUUGGCUUCAUUGUGGGUGCUAACAUAUUAGCCGGUGGGGCAUUUGAUGGUGCAUCCAUGAACCCAGCUGUGUCUUUUGGGCCUGCUGUUGUAAGCUGGACUUGGGCCAACCACUGGGUCUACUGGGCCGGCCCAUUCAUUGGUUCUGCUAUUGCAGCUAUUGUCUACGACGUUUUUUUCUUUUUUUUGAAGUUGAUUCCUAUGAGCUAUGUUCCAUUCUAAAAUCUCCUUUUAUUUGAAGCAAUGUUAAUUUCGUUGAGAGUAUAAUGGUUUUGGUAAUUUAUAUAAUGAAGAAUAUGCGAUGGUUAUGCUA